UUGACAGUACAGACUCCAGAAGCGUGUCUCAAAGGGAACAAUGGCGUCUUCUUCUUACUCUGAAGAUCUGACUUGCUCCGUGUGUCUGAGCCUUUUUACAGAGCCGGUGAUGCUGCUCUGUGGACAUUCUUUCUGCAGAGAAUGUAUCACCACUUCUCUGAGCUCACAGCAGUGCUGUCCACAGUGCAGGUCAGAAGUUUCUAUGGAGAAAACAUCUCUGACUACCAACCACGCCCUGAAGAGUCUCGCAGAAAGAGUCAAAGAGAAGGAGAGGAUCAAGAAAGAAUCUGGGACUGACAGUCAGGUCAAUGACUGGUUGUGCUCUGAGCAUGAAGAAAAGCUGAAGCUCUUCUGCGUCACGGAUCAGCAGUUCGUUUGCCUCAUAUGCAGAGACGGAGAGAAACACGAAGGACACAAGUUCAAGCCAGUGAGAGAAGCAGCUGAGUCUCUGAAGAAGGAGUUUCAGGCUUUCCUGCAAACUGUUUCUGUUGAAAUAUCUGCUGUAGAGAAAAGAGCCAAAACACAAAAUGAAGAAAUCACCAAAACUAAAGAGAAAUCUCACAAGCUGAUGAGUCAAAUCAGCCGCCAGUUUCAGGAGAUGCACGAGUUCUUGAGGAAGAGAGAAGCUGAGAUAAAGAAUGAGCUGAAACUGAAAGAGAAUGAAGAAGUUAAGAAAAUGAACAAAAGUGCCAAUGAAAUAGGAACAGUUUUGUCAGGUAACAAAAAAAUAGAGGAGAAGAUGAAAUCUGCUCUGAAAAUAACUAACUCUGAGAGAUUUCUGAAAAUGUGCACUGAGGGAAACUCUGUGCUUAAAACAAAGAGUUAUUUUCAACAGAAAGCUAAAAAACUCCCGGUGAUAAACUCCUGUCUGUCCAUGGGUGUGUAUGAAAGCCACCUGCAGUUCUUUGUGUGGAAAGAGAUGCUUCAGGUCAUCAAACCAAAACCAGAACAACUGUCUCUGUCAAGUAAAAGUCCAGAUGGGAUUGUUUCUAAUGAUGGACGAAGUUUCCGCUCUGCUUGUCAACAAUGCAAGACAUAUCAAUCACAACUAUCUAAUCCUAAUAACCGUUACCAUUGUGGUCAUCAAAUACGGACAGUAAACAAUAUCCCAACAUUAACAUACAAUAAACCACCACAACUUCAAUACAAUACACAACCACCAAUUCAAUACAAUACACAACCACCAACUGCACUGAGCAAAGAUCAGUUCAUCUCAGGGCAGCAUUACUGGGAGGUCCAUGUUGAACAGAUGAAUUCCUGGAAGCUGGGCCUCCAAUAUUAUUUCAUGAGGUAUAAUGGUGGUAGAUACACUAUUUCCAAAAACAAUGUUGAGAAAAAUGCAACAUUUACGGGAAACAUUAAGAAAUUAGGAAUUUAUCUGAACUGCUUCACAAAGGAGCUUUCUUUUUAUGAUGCAGACAACAUGAAGCUCAUAGAGACCAUAACCUACCAACUCUCAGACCCAGUGGCUGCAUAUUUUCAUAUAGAGAAUACGGCGGAUCAGUUUCCUCUGACCGUGUGCUGGUACUGAACAGGGAUCUGAUAGAAAUUAAUCCUCUGAAUCCUGCAGGGAUUUUGUUUUGCUUGAACUUGUGACAGAAAAAACAGUUUGGAUAUAGAAGCUUCUUCUCUCAAGUCUUGAUAGUUCAUAAAAACAAGUUAUUAUUUUGUUAAAUCAGUGGACUGUGGAAAUGGCGAGAAAUUUGACAACUUUCAAAAUGGUUAUGAUGUUCUGUAUAGAAAAUUUUUAAAUAACUGAAAUAGAAUAGAACAGAAUGUUAUUAAUCUCAUAGAAGAGAAAUGUACCAAAUAUUCAAAUAGUUUUGAGUAAAACUUAAACGAAAAAAGACAAAAUAAACAUAUCGGGUUUAAGAUAAACUACAUAUAAGCUAAGGUAGUAUAGGACUCAUCUUUUUGACUAUCUUGUUGAUUUUCCGGAUCAAUUGGGAGCUUUUUUGUUCAUAUUCACUCUUUUUUCAGCAAUUCUUUUUUUAAAUAUAUUUUACAUUUUUAUUUUUUAUUUGUAUGUACAUUUGAAUAGUUUGUUAAUCUUACACCUGAAGCCAUUUGUGCCCACACUUUAUUUGGAAGAAAUGUUCAACUGUAAACCAUCUGUGAAACAAAUUUUUUUUUAAUGUAAGAAUGGUAACAUCUUCUACAUAUCAUGAAAUAUAAAGACUGUAAUUCAAUAACAUUUAGUAAAAACAGGAAGGAACUGUUUUCUUUCCCUCUUUAAUUACAUUUUGUGGUAUUGAAUGCAUGAUUUGUGUUGUAUCUCAAUUUUUCAUAAAUUGUUCAAAAACAAUAAUACAACAUAUUAUUCUAAUAAAGUGAAAAUAUUCCUUUGACAUGUUUGGAUUUUUGUGCCCUCAUAUAAAAAUAAAACUUUUAAUGAUGAACCAAAUGCCUACACUUUUCC